AUAUUCCUAAUUUAUAAAAUAUAAUUAACAAUUAAUUUAAUUUUCUACAUCCCCUAAAAAAAAAAAAUUAAUUUUCUACUUAUUUUUACACGCAUCACAUACAUAUAAAAACUAGUAAUUCUAUACCCCCAGUCCCAAAGACACAAAACACGUCGGAAACAAAACUGCCAUGAUAUAAGAUGAUAGACCAAAACCACCCGGUGUAGCACAGUAGCACAGUAGCAGUUUCUCUCCCUUCCGCUCUUCUGACUUCUGAAUAUUAUCCCAAAAAAUCACGCCCCCUCAUAAAAGUUUCCCGCCUUUUUUUUAAUACUCCAUUAACCCUUUUCUUCCAUUCUCUACCCUCGCUUACUUUCUCACUCAAACUCUCAAUCAAACCCAGGAAAGAGAUUUUCAAAUUGAAAUGGCGCACUCGAUUUCAGAAAAAUCUUCUUCAAUUUAUGAUAACCCAGAAAAUAAUCUUCAGCCUUUCUUUGUUCUUCAUAGAGGGUGUUCUUCCUCCUCCGCCUCGUCGGCCCGCCCGAAAUCAAGGAGGAAAUUAAAUGAAGAAGCUGUAAAUGAAUUUGAUGAUCAUUAUCUCAACAAUUUAAGAAUUAGUGCUUUCCAUUCUGUGUGGUCCAACAUUGAAAGCACCAUUAAGAAUUCAUUUAAAGCAGUCAGAUCAUGUGGGGAACCAGGCUUUGCUGAAGCCACUCAGCCAUAUCCUAUAGCCCUCGAUGCCUCCUCGAAGCAGAUCUUCACUGGGCUUGUCUAUACUAAGAAUAUGGAGUUCGUUGAUGAUCAAAUUACCUUUGAAGAACUUAGAAAUCACUUGAAGUCUUGUGGCUGCCAUGUAGCUAACAUGUCUUCACUGGACUUCUCAGCUAAGAACGGGAUUGGUGGUUGUUUGAGUCGUUUAUUGAGAAAGUUUAUGAUGAUGACCCUGGAUGAUGCUGACAUGUCCAUUCUAGCAUCAUGGUAUUGUGGACGAAGUGAGUGUAUGCCAGUGGUCAUAAUCAUUGAAGAUAUGGAGAGAUGUUGUGCUUCAGUCUUGUCUGAUUUUAUUCUGAUGUUAAGCAAAUGGGUGGUUAAAAUUCCAGUCAUCUUGGUAAUGGGAAUUGCCACAACGCUUGAUGCUCCAGGAAAUAUACUAUCUUCAAAUGCUCUGCUGUGUAUCCGCACUAGUAAAUUUAUACUGGGAUCUCCAUUUCAAAGAAUGGAUGCUAUUGUUGAAACUGUUCUUCUAAGGCCUUGUUCAUGGUUCAAUGUUGGCCACAAGGUGGCUCUUUUCAUGAGAGACUAUUUUCUGAAACAUGAUGGAACCUUGACUUCUUUUAUAAGAGCUUUAAAGAUUGCUUGUAUGCAGCAUUUUUCUUCAGAGCCUCUAAGCUUCCUGCUGAAAGACUUGGGUGCUGAAAAUGAUUUUCAGGAAAUCUGGAAGGAGAAACAUGUCGAUAUGCAGAACAUGGUGUUGAAGCAUUCUUCUCAACUUUGUUCUUGCGGAAGUGAUAAAGAUGGUGAACCCACCAGUGAAAACUUAGUCGAUGCUAUCAGAGAACUGAAGAGACUGCAGCGACGCUGGGCUACUGUUGUCCUGUGCCUACAUGAAGCUGGAAAGCCCUUAAAUGUACAGCUGUUAGAUUUGUAUAGUGAGGCCCUUGAUCCUGAUAUGCCUAAAUCGAGUACUUCUUAUGACCAAGGGACUUCUUCAAGGAAUGGGUGUUUUUCUAGUCAAGAUGGUGGCUCUUUCAUACGAGCUUCCAUUUUCAAAACAGUGCAUAAGGUAAGGGAUCUUCCACCAGCAGCGCUGUCUGAACUGCUUAAUAGCUGGGAGAGACAUGCUGAUGAUGCAUGUGAGAUUUGCGAUAAAGUCAAGGAGUUGCAAGUUUUGAUGAAUUCUGUGGAUAGCAAGAGCUCAGGAAGUGAUUUGGUGAAUGUUUCCUUGAGGUUUUCUUCCCGAGGGACAGAUGCACCUAAAGAUCCAAAAGUAUUGAAUGAAAAAGCUGUUGCAUUGAUUGAAUGGAUGCUUCGAGAUCAGAUGAAGCCCAUUGAGUCUUUGCCCUUUCACGAAAUCUUGUGCUUUAAGAAGGUUGACAAGCUUCAAACAGCCUUACUGGGUGAUCCUAGAAAAAGAAUUCAAGCUGAUCUGCUGGAGGUCCGUAAAUAUUUGCGCUGCGGCUGCUGCAGUAGCAGAGAAAGCAGAUUGCUGCCAUCUCUUCAUGACACUUCAAUUUUGUAUAUUCUGGCUCAAGAGCAUGGUGAUAUCAUUAAUGUUCACGAUUGGUUCCAAUCUUUCAAGGCCAUUCUCGUAAAUCCAUCUAUCAAAGCUAGGAGUAAGUCAAAGCAUUCUUCAACACCUAAGAAAAAGAAAAAUAUUGAACAUUCGGAUAGCUACAGUGCAGCGGCAAUUCAAGCACGUUUCUGCAAGGGAGUUUUAGAGCUCCAGGUUACUGGACUACUUCGAAUGCCUACGAAAAGGCGCCCAGACUUUGUGCAGAGAGUGGCCUUUGGACUGUAACAAGUCAUAAUUAUUACUCGUGCCUGAAAUUGCAUCUAUGCCAUGAAUUCCAGACUUUUAGCCUGCAGAAUUAUCGGUGCUUGCAUGUUGUACUUUGUAGAUCAAAACAGAGAGAGAUGUGAAGAAGACCUUGUCAAUACUAAAAUCACAUUAUCACGGACCAUGUUGGUUCAGCUUAUGUAAGCUUCAUAUCAAGACGUGUGCAUAUGAUAUUUUACGCUUUAGAAUUGGUUCCGCUGCCCAUUUCCUGGUGGGCAAUAGAAGUACUUUGUAACAUAGAAGUAUACGGUUUCUUAAUUUUAAUGAAUUGUCAUAAGCACGUCAUUAGUAAAUACUUCAAGUUUUCCAGUAUCUAUCGGGAUAUAAAUUUGAAGAAGUUUCAUAACA